AUGACAACCGAAGAACCACACGACUUUUACCAGGAGCAGCGCGGCCUCGGCCCAGGUUCCGCGAUUACGCCCACAGCGUCCGAUGUCAGUCAAGGCCCAUUGCCCAAGCUCUUCCAGCCCUUAAAGAUUCGCGAGCUGACACUGAAGAACCGCACAGUGGUCAGCCCCAUGUGCAUGUACUCGUCGCAGGAUGGGUUUGCCACAGACUUUCAUAUGGUGCACUACGGCCAAUAUGCGCUGUAUGGACUGGGCUUGAUCAUCGUUGAGGCCACCGGAGUGUCCCCCGAGGGCCGCAUCACGUCAAACUGCCUUGGCAUCUGGAAAGACGAGCACAUUGAGAAGCUUCGCCAGGUGGUCAAUUUUGCUCACUUAAACAAGUCGGCCAUUGGCAUUCAGCUUGCUCAUUCGGGACGCAAGGGCAGCAGCAGGCCCGUCUGGCACAUCCAAGAGUACGGUCGGUAUGCUGACGAAGCUGCCGGCGGCUGGCCGCAACGAGUCUUCGGCCCUUCCCCUGUACCCUUCGAUGAGGACUCGUGGACACCACAGGAGAUGAGCCUUGAGGAUAUUCGUCGAGUCCAACAGAAUUUUGUCGAUGCCGCUGUGCGUGCUGACAAGGCCGGAUUUGAUGUCAUCGAGAUUCACUCUGCCCAUGGGUACCUUGUGCACGAGUUCCUGUCGCCAAUCUCGAACAAGCGCACGGACGAUUACGGCGGUUCGUUUAAAAAUCGCAUCCGCUUUAUUGUCGAAAUUGUACAGGCGAUCCGUGAGAUAUGGCCGCAAGAGAAGCCCCUGUUUGUGCGCAUUUCGGUGACUGACUGGGUGCAACAGAGCGAGGAGAUCCCCACGGGUGGGUGGACUGAGGAAGAGAGUAUUGAGCUGGCCAAAAUAUUGAGCGAUGUUGGUGUAGAUCUCAUUGAUUGCUCUUCAAGUGGGAGCAGCCCCAAGCAGAAGAUCCCGCUGGGUCCUGGAUACCAGGUGCGGUUUUCCACUUCCAUCAAAAAUGAGGUCCCUGGAAUCUUCACUAGUGCCGUUGGGCUGAUCACCGAUCCUGUGCAAGCAAACAAUAUUCUGGAGGAAAGCAAAGCUGAUCUGGUGUUUUUGGCACGGACGCUUCUGCGCCAGCCGAGUUUCGUGCUCGAUGCUGCCGUCAAACUGAACGUGUUUGCCCAGUACCCGCACCAGUAUGAGAGAGGACGCAACAAGACCAACUAUUCGUUUACUUAA